AUGUUCUCUGUGAUUUCUGGUCAUCAUCGCUGGUGGAGUGGGCUUCAGGGGAGACUGUGGCAGAAUCACCUGGUCCCAGCAGGGCAGUGCUUUCAUUGUGUGCACAUAAGGGUUGGAGACCGUGCUGAGCUCAGCAGAGCCUUCACACAGCAGGAUGUGGCUACCUUCUCCAAGUUAACAGGAGAUGACAAUCCUCUGCAUCUAAGUGAAGAUUAUGCAAAACACACCAAGUUUGGAAAGACAAUUGUGCAUGGAGUUUUGAUAAGUGGACUUAUUUCUGCUCUCCUGGGUACUAAAAUGCCAGGGCCAGGCUGUGUGUUUCUUUCCCAGGAAAUUAAAUUUCCAGCCCCUUUAUAUACUGGAGAAGAGGUCUUAGCGUCUGCAGAAGUGAAGAGGCUGAAGCAGUUGGUUGCUGUUGUUGCGGUGUCCUGCUGUGUAGUAGAGAGUAAGAAGACAGUUAUGGAAGGUUGGGUUAAAGUUAGGGUCCCAGAAGCUCCUGGUGCUGAAAUGCACAUUUAAAGUUGUAAGUUCAAACACCUGUGCUCAGUGUCAAAUGACAAAUGGGGACGUGGGCUGUUGCUGUAUACUCAGAAGUCAUGUGGGGAAGGAGAGCAAGUCGACAGUUUGUUUCAUUGUCUACUUUUUAUAUUAACUUUAUGCUUUGUCCAGACUUAAGUAUGUACAAAAUUUGGAGGUUUGGUUUUUUUUGUUUUUUUUUGUUCCUUUUUUUUCCAAUUAUAAAACAAUUGAGAGGG